AUGUCAACAGCAGUUAUAACAUUAUGGUCAAUUAUAUUUAUAUUUACAUUGAUAGAGAUUGUUAGUAGUCAAUUUCAACAAGAUGAUAAUGUAUGGUAUGAUUCAUCAAAUAUACCCUCUUAUGCAACUGCAAAGAGAAUCAAUCAAAUAUUAGAUUAUAAUUGGGUUUUAAGAUCAUCUUAUCUUGUUAUUUUUAUGCAAGCAGGAUUUAGUUUUUUAGAAGCAGGUAUGGUUAGAGGAAAGAAUACAAAGAAUAUAUUAUUUAAAAACUUGAUUACAACUGCUUUGGGUGCAAUAUUCUUUUUUGGUUUGGGUUAUUCAUUUGCAUUUGAUCAAGGCAAGAACUAUUCGAAUAGUUUUGUAGCGUGUUGUAGUUUCUUUACACUAAGAGAAGAGGAUUAUUAUUCAUGGGUAUCUAAAUGGGCAUUCUCAUCGAUUGCAUGUACCAUUAUCAAUGGAUCGGUAUCAGAGAGAACUAAAAUGAUUGCCUAUCUCAUACUCAAUAGUAUUGUACCUAGUAUAGUCUAUCCAUUGGUUGCUCAUUGGGUAUGGAAUCAAACUGGUUGGUUAUAUCAAUUAGGUGUUAUAGAUUAUGGAGGUGCAAUGGUUGUUCAUAUACUUGGUGGUUCAAUUGGUUUAGUUGGUACUAUUAUUUUGGGACCAAGAUUAGGUAAAUUUGAUUUAGAAACUGGUAGACCUUUAGUAUUGGCAGAACAUAAUAUAGUAUUAUCAAGUAUUGGAGGAAUGAUACUUUGGUUUACAUUUUAUGGUUUACAUCCAAUGUUGUUUGGUAUUGAUAUUAACAAAGGUGUUAUUGCCUCUAGAGGUGCAAUUUCAACAACUCUAAGUGGAUCAAUAAGUAUGGUAACAUCAGUGAUUGUAACAUUAAUAACAAGUAAAAAAUAUGAUCUAAAGAUUGUAAUCAAUGGAUUAUUAUCUGGAUUUGUAGCGGCAAGUUCAUGUGCUGGUUUUAUUGAGCCAUUUUAUUCAAUAAUUAUUGGAGUUGGAUCUGCCAUUGUAUAUUUAUCAUUUUCAAAGAUGUUGCUACGUUACCAAGUCGACGAUCCAUGCCAAAGUGCUUCGGUUCAUUUGGCCAAUGGCAUUUGGGGUAGUAUAUGUGCAUCUUUAUUUUCAAAUAGGGAUCUUGUUGAUUCUGUUUAUCAAAAUAGAACAAAUUAUUUAAGUGUUAUUCAAGGUGGUUUUAAAUUAUUAUUUAUUCAAUUGAUUGGAAUUGGAGCAACGAUUAUUUGGUGUGUUAUUUUAAAAAGAUAUCAAUUAUUAAGAAUCGAUAGUGAUGUUGAACUCACUGGAAUGGAUAUUAGGCACCAUGGUGGGGCUAUUGGUCCUUAUCAUAGACCUUCCUAA